AGAAGCAGCCGUACAAAUUGGUACCUACAAAUAUGGUUUAUACUUUACAGGUGAUUGAAUUGAAGAUUCAAAGAAAACUAUUCAUCCAAUCAACAAAGAUUUGAUUUGACUUAUAGUAGAAAGUUUCAGUCGACAACAUGGCGGCAAUCAUGAUUUGUGUUGCAGAGGAAUGCACUCCAUACAUGCACGUCGGUCGAGUAAUCCAAUGCUCCUUGCGUUCUUAGUCGAUAACGGAAUUUCCUAAACUUCCUAUUUCAUUCUGUGAUUCUUAUUCGAAACGAAAAAAGAAAAACGUUUUUAUUGUGAGGAAUCGAAGUUCUUGCUCUUUCUUGCCGAUCUAUCCGACCUCUCUCUCAAAUUAAGGUCUCAUUCAAGCUAUAAUCAGACUUCUGUAGAUUGAUCUGUUUGAGAGUUCAAUGCAGACUUCUGGUAAUUUCAUAUGUAAUGCAAUCAUCUACUAACUCUAAUAACAAGAAAAGUUUGAAACGUUCACGAUCAUCAUCUUGUGAAAUGCCACUUGCCGAUGUAAACAUUCCUAAGCCUCCAGAGGAUUACUCCAUGUUUCCUGUUGAGGAAAUAGUGCAGUACCCAUUGCCUGGUUAUGGAGUACCGAUUUCACUUAGUUUCAGUCCUGAUGACAGUUUGGUGACAUUUUUGUUUAGUCCCAACCAAAGUUUGUAUAGGAAGGUUUAUGCAUUUGAUCUCAAGAGUGGCAGGCAAGAAUUACUAUUCACUCCUCCAAAUGGCGGUCUUGAUGAAAAUAAUUUAUCCGCAGAAGAGAAACUGAGAAGGGAGAGGUCACGGGAACGUGGACUAGGUGUAACACGAUAUGAGUGGGUGAAGACAAGCUCAACAAGGAAGACCAUUAUGGUGUCGUUACCUGCCGGGAUAUAUUUCCAGGAUGUUUUUGGAGGACUGGAACUUAAGAUGCCCAGUACCUCAUCUUUGCCUUUUAUAGAUCCACAUGUUUCACCUGAUGGGACCAAACUUGCAUUUGUGAAAGACAGUGAGCUUAAUGUAUUGGACCUCCUCCACAAUAACUCCAACCAAUUAACAUCUGGUGCCAAAGGAAAUGUAAUUGUGCACGGUCUUGCUGAAUAUAUAGCCCUGGAGGAGAUGGACCGAAAGAGUGGGUUCUGGUGGUCACUGGACAGCAAAUAUUUGGCAUUUACAAAGGUUGAUUCAUCUGAUAUACCUCUUCUCAGAAUCAUGCAUCAUGGUAAAAGCUGGACUGGUCCAGAGGCACAGGAGGACCAUGCUUACCCCUUUUCCGGGGAAUCAAAUGCAAAAGUUCAACUUGGAGUAGUGUCUUCAAAUGGAGGUCCUGUAACUUGGAUGGAUGUUGUGUGCGGAGGAAAGUUUGCUACUAAUGAUGAAGAUGAAUAUUUGGUGAGGGUAAAUUGGAUAUAUGGAAAUAUUCUUACUGCUCAGGUUUUGAAUAGAUCACAUACCAAACUAAAAAUCCUGAAGUUUGAAAUCAAGACUGGCAAAAAAGAAGUACUUUUGGUUGAAGAAAAUGACACCUGGAUCAAUCUGCAUGAUUGCUUCACACCUUUGGAAACUAGAUCUCCUGGGCAAUUUCUCUGGUCAAGUGAGAAAACUGGAUUCAGACAUUUGUAUUUGCAUGAUUCUAACGGAGAAUGCUUGGGUCCUUUAACUCAAGGUCAUUGGAUGGUUGAGCAAGUGGUAGGCAUCAAUGAAGAUGCUGGGUUUGUAUACUUUACUGGCACUUUUGAUAGCCCCUUGGAGUCUCACCUUUAUUGUUCUAAACUGUUCCUUGAGUUGAACUCUCCAGAAACACCGUUAAGAUUGACUCAGGGAAGAGGAAAACAUGUGGUUGUGCUUGAUCAUCAGAUGCAUAGAUUUGUUGACAUUUUUGAUUCAUUGGUUUCACCUCCCAGAAUCUCAUUAUUCUCUUUGCAUGAUGGAAGCUUCAUCAUGCAUUUGCAUGAUCAACCACCCCCAAUGAGUAUUUCAAGAUUCAAAAUGCUCCAACUUGAAACGCCAGAGAUAAUUCAGAUACAAGCAAAAGAGGGGAGUACCACCUUAUAUGGGACUCUAUAUAAACCAGAUGAAUCAAGGUUUGGACCUCCACCAUAUAAAACUAUGAUUCAUGUAUAUGGGGGUCCUGGUGUCCAGCUUAUCAGUGAUUCAUGGGCAAACACAGUUGACAUGAGAGCUCAGUUUCUAAGAAGUAAAGGCAUCUUAGUUUGGAAGAUGGAUAACAGAGGCACUGCUCGACGAGGACUCAAGUUUGAAGGUGCACUCAAGCACAACUGUGGCGGAGUUGAAAGUGAGGAUCAGGCAACAGGAGCUGAGUGGCUUGUGAAACACGGGCUUUCGAAGGAAGGUCACAUUGGACUCUACGGAUGGAGCUAUGGCGGAUAUCUGUCAGCUAUGACACUUGCAAAGUUUCCAGAACUAUUCAGAUGUGCUGUUUCAGGUGCCCCUGUCACGUCAUGGGAUGGAUAUGACACAUUCUAUACUGAAAAGUAUAUGGGCCGUCCUGAUGAAAACCCCUCGGGGUAUGAGGAGAGCUCUGUGAUGCACCAUGUCAGCAAGAUGAAGGGGGAGCUCUUACUGGUGCAUGGCAUGAUUGAUGAAAACGUGCUUUUUGGACACACUGCAAGGCUUAUUAAUGCACUUGCAGCUGUCGGAAAGUUUUAUGAGCUGCUCAUAUUUCCUGAUGAGCGUCACAUGCCUCGCCGACAUAGGGACCGCGUUUACAUGGAAUCGAGAAUAUGGGACUUCAUAAAAAGAAACUUGUGAACGCUCUGCCCUUUUCAUUUCUUCCUAAUAUAUUUAGUUAUUUAGGAUUUUCUUUCAUUUAUGUAAUGAGGUUAGGACUUCCUUGAUUGUGACAACCACUAGUAUUAGUUUUAAUUGUUGAUAUGAAAAAUAAUGUUGAGUUUCACCCUGGACACAUAGCUGCUUGUACGCUGCUAUUUACAAUAGCAGGGUGCCAGGGUGCAAAGCAGCGAUUUUUGAAGUGGUACAAAUGUGUUAUGAGUUGUGAAACAGUGCUUGUUUUUUUGCUUUCAAUCGGAG